GCUCGCAACGUCGUCAUGUUCAUGGGUGAUGGCAUGUCGUUGCCCACGCUGGCGGCGGCGCGCACGCUGCUAGGCCAGCGCGCCGGCCGCCCAGGCGAGGAGACGCAGCUCUCCUUCGAGGCCUUCCCCACUGUCGGCCUCGCGAAGACUUACUGCGUGAACUCGCAGACGGCGGACUCGUCGUGUUCGGCGACGGCGCUCCUGUGCGGAGUGAAGUCUAACGCUUUCACGCUGGGGCUGACGGCUGCCGUGCCGCGGCGCGACUGCGCGGCAUCGCAGGUGCCGGCUGCGCGGCUGGACUCGGUGGCGGCGUGGGCGCUGGCUGCGGGGCGGGACGCGGGCGUGGUGACCACGACGCGCGUCACGCAUGCGUCGCCUGCGGGUAUCUACGCGCGCGCUGCCGAGCGCAACUGGGAGACCGACGCCGACGUGCUCGCCGACGGUGUCGAUGUGGACGCCUGCCCUGACAUCGCGCACCAGCUAGUACACCUCGCACCCGGGAACCAGUUCAAGGUGAUCCUAGGCGGAGGGCGGCGCGAGUUCCUAAACAUUACGAGCGUGGACGACGAGGGCACGCCCGGAAAGCGUACUGACGGCAGGAACCUCAUUGAGGAGUGGCAAGCCGACAAGGCGCGUCGCAACGUGACGUACCAGUACGCGUGGAACCAUGAGCAGCUGCUGCAGGCCAACGCUACGCUGCCCGAGUAUCUGCUAGGCCUAUUUGAGAGUGACCACCUGCGCUACAAUCUGGAGACCGACCAUACCACCGAGCCCACGCUGGCCGAGCUGACGGAGGUGGCCAUCCGCAUGCUGAGCCGCAACGAGAAGGGUUUCUUCUUGUUUGUGGAGGGAGGCCGCAUCGACCACGCGCAUCAUGACAACCAAGUUCAUCUGGCGCUGGACGAGACCAUCGAGCUGAGCGCCGCCGUCGCGCGCGCCUUACAACUGUUGGACGAGAAGGACUCGCUGAUAGUGGUGACGGCAGACCACACACACGUCAUGGCCUUCAACGGGUACAGCACGCGCGGCGCCGACGUGCUGGGCCCGUCGAAUAUGCGCGACUCAGCCGGCGUGCCCUUCAUGACGUUGUCGUACACCAACGGGCCCGGACGCCGGCCGGACGUCGACGGGCGCCGGCCGGACGUCACCCUGGAAGAAGGUUUCCGCUCACCGCGCUGGCGGACGCACGUGGACGUGCCGCUUGCGUCCGAGACGCACGGCUCGGACGACGUGCCGGUGUUCGCGUGGGGUGUGCACCACGAAAUGUUCUCGGGCCUGUACGAGCAGAGCCACGUGCCGCACCGCAUGGCGUACGCGGGCUGCUUCGGUGGCGGCCCGCAGGCGUGCGACGCUGCCGCUGCGCCAAGCGCGCUCGUGAUGCCGCUUGUCAUGGCACUGCUGGCGCUACUCCGAGCGCUCGCUUGAAGCGUCCACGAUCUUCUAAUUUCUAUGAAGU